CGUACUAACUUUCAUUGAUUAUUGUAAAUGUUCAAGUAUUUUUAAACAUGACAAUUCAUCAUUAAAAUAAAAACAAAAACCUAUCGUCACUUCAAUCAUAUGCCAUUAAACAUGAUACAAAAUACAUCUUUUUAGCAAAAACUUAAGGGUGAUCCAGUGUGUGUCCACUGUUGGACUUUUUGCUAGACAAAAUAAGUGUCAAAAGGUCCUUGAAAUGACUAUAAACACCAAUAGCUUAGAAUGCUGCGUCUAUUCCAAUCCCAUCACACUGCCCAAGUAUCCAAAACAAUAAUGCUUACACCAAACAUUUCACGGAUCAAAGCUUGUUUUCCCCUCGAGCACCGGUUUAUCCAGUAAUGAUGCAAGAACAAAUAUUACACUGCUGUAAAGCCUCUCGAAAGGGACGAGGUGUGGUCAAAGACCGACUUCUCCGAAUGGAUGGACACGGCUCUAUAAAAGGUCAGCCUUUUUCCUGGAAAGUGUCGCUGCUUGGGGGAGUCUUGUGAUUUAGCUUAACAUACGGCAGUCAAUGGGAAACAUUGGGAAUUAACGCUACACUGAAGCAACCUCAUGCAGCCAUGCCUUUGCGACCAAGAGCUGCUUCUCAACCUGGAAGAGCCAACCUCCUUCCAACCCCCAAAGUGACUUCGGCCGUGCGUCCGAGAGCUCUCUCUUCCCACUCCAAAUCGGCUUUGGAAGAUGAGCUUUCUUGUCCGGUCUGCUGCGAGAUCUUCAGCGAUCCUGUGGUACUGAAGUGCAGCCACAGUUUCUGUCGUCUCUGCCUUCAGCACUUCUGGAACAAGAAGGCAGCCAAGCGGGAAUGUCCGGUCUGCAGGAGGAAAUGUUCCCUGACAGAACCCACAGUGAGUCUGGCUUUGAAGAACGUGUGCGAUGCCAUCUUAAAGGAGCAGAAACUACCUGCUGGAGCCGGGUCUGAUUUAGUCAACGGUGCAUCCAAACCGGAGGCUCUUUGUGCUGCUCAUGGCGAGGGACUUAAACUGUUCUGUCAGUAUGAUGAAGAGGUUCUGUGUUGCGUCUGUCAGACCUCUAAAAAACAUCAGGGUCACAGCGUUUGUCCUUUAGAAGAGGCUGCGAACGAUCUCAAGGAGGAAGUGCGACAGAUCGUCGUUCCUCUCAAGAAAAGUCUCAGACGCCUCUAUGAAGCCAAACAGGAAUGCGAUGACAUCACUGUACACAUCAAGAAUCAAAGGCAGCAGACCGAGAAACAGAUUCGUGAUGAGUUUGAGGAGCUCCGUCAGUUUCUUCUUCUGGAGGAGGCUGCACGAAUCGCUCAUCUGGCUGAAGAAGAAGAGGCCAAAAAACAGACGAUGAAGAAAAAAGCGGAUGCCAUCACUCGUGAUAUACUUACCUUUUCUCACACGGUGGUGGCCAUUGAAAAUGAGAUUGCUAAUGACAACAUCGUCUUUAUGCAGAACUACAGGAAUAUAAAGAAGAGAGCUCAGAUAACAUUUCACGAACCAGAAAACGUCCCCGACUGUCUGAUCAACGUUGCAGAACACAUCAGCUCUCUGAAGUUCAGAGUGUGGGAGAACAUGCAGACUAUGGUGGAACACACUCUCGUGACAUUGGACCCAAACACGGCGUACCCCUGUCUGUCUCUCAGCAAGAACCUGACAAGUGUUUCUAACACAGGGACGAUGAAACAGCUUCCAGAUAACCCUGAGCGCUUCGAUCACUUUGUAUUUGUGCUGGGAUCCAAGGGUUUCACCUCAGGAUGUCUUUCCUGGGAGGUGGAUGUGGGCCAGAACAAUGACUGGGUCAUAGGUGUGGCCAAAGCAUCCAUAGCCAGGAAGGGAAAAAUCUCUGGCUGUCCAGAAGGAGGAUUCUGGACCAUUGCGCUCUCAGAUGGGAAAUACACGGCCAUGACCACACCACACACACCACUCGAGGUGAAGGGUCAACUGGAACGGGUUCGAGUCAAGAUCGACUACGGUGCUGGAGAGGUCAGCUUCUUCAACUCGGUGGACACGACACUGAUCUACACAUUUAAGGACCAUUUUACCGAGAGGGUGUUUCCUUUUUUCUGUCCGGGUGCAAAUGUAAAUGGGAACAAUCCAGGCCCGCUAAAGAUCUGUCCUGUGAGAGUGGCAGUAUGGAACAGCGCCACCUGGUGACAGAUAUCUAUAGAUGAGCAACGUUUAUGUAUUUUCACUUUAGUUAUACAAUACCAGGCAAAAGUUUGGACGCACAUGCUUAUUCUUUAAUAUUGCUGUUUUACAACUUUUAAAACUAUGAAAUUUCACAAAUGUAUAUAUUGUAACUAUGCAGUGCCCAAAGAAUUAUUUUGGUCCUUUUUAAUUUUAUAUUUAAGCUAACUUCAUGAGAUACUGGGAUGCUUUUUAAACAGUACUGAUGGAGCUUUCAUGUAUUCAUUUAGCCCAACUCAUCCAUUUCAGAAAAUCAAUAAAGUGAAAU